CUCGCCUCGCAGCGGCCAGAGUUUCCAAGGAUCGCUUUUCGACAUCUCGGUCAGACACUACAUAUCGAACCAUGUCAACACGCAAGCGGAACGAAUGGCUCGAGGCCGACGAGAGCGAGGAGGAAGAUCGAGACUACGGAUCCGAAGAGGAGGAAAGCAGAGCAAAACUUCUGCGGAGUUCCAAGAGGCAGAAAGUAGCCCAUGAUUCCGGGGACGAGGACGAAGCCGAAGCAGACUAUGGACACGAUGACGGUGACGUGGAGGAGAACUCGGAAACGCACAAGGCCAAGGCCAAGGAUAAGGGGGAAUUGGCCCGCCUCGAAGCUCUUGCUGCCUCGGUGCCCAGUACGAAAUUGAAACUCGAGAAACCCCUCCCCGCGCCAUCGGCUCCCAAAAAGGACAAAUCGGGGAUCAUAUAUCUAUCGCGGGUCCCUCCUUUCAUGAAGCCGUCCGUUCUCCGUUCCCUGCUCACGCCGUAUGGCGCUGUGGGACGCAUAUUUCUUACACCAGAGCCGUCCACGCAGCGAGCGCAGCGGCUGAAGUCGGGAGGGACGCGGCGUAAGCUGUUCUUGGAUGGCUGGGUCGAGUUUCUGAAGAAGAAGGAUGCCAAGUUCGUGGCGGAGAACCUGAAUGCCCAAACCAUGGGCGGGAAAAAGAGAGGGAGAUGGCACGACGAAGUGUGGAACAUCAAGUACUUGAGCGGUGUCAAAUGGGCCGACUUGGUAGCGCAGAUACAGGAGGAGAAUGCGGAUCGGCAGGCGCGCAUGCGUGCGGAGAUUGCGCAGUCGAAGCGUGAGAAUCAACAGUUCUUGGCGGAUGUGGAGAGGGGGAAGAUUGCGAAGACCAAGGCGGAGCGGAAGAAACAAAGGGGUAAAGAUGAAGUCGAAGAGGAUACGAUAGUUCAGCAUGGGGAUCAAGCAAGCUCAAAUGCGCCGAAGAGAGAAUUCAAGCAGAAAGAGGUCAAGAUCAAGGCACUCAAGGAGCACGAAACCGGGGAAGGUGGUGAAAGACUACUGCACUCGAUAUUCUGAAUAGCGGAUACGCGCCUCUUUGUGCAAUUAAUACAAUAUUCUACAGCAUCCUUCGACUCCGGCACUCCAUUGUCCAUUGUCCAAAUUUCAUGAUCCGUAGCGCAGGCGCAGAAGUACCCAGACUCCAUAGUCAUUACUUAUGCAAAGUCUUCAAUAAUC